CAAGAGCAUUUCCUUUCCUUUAUCCUUUUUGAUGUGGAUCUCUUGGUCAGAGCUUGACUCUUCCCGAUGAAAGCGCUGUCCGUCGUGCCUUUGAUGGGAUUGCAGAGUUCCAGGAUCUUUGGGCUGAGCGAUAUGGUCGCUUUGCAGGUGGAUUUGCCACCAGACGUUCAAAGGAUGUUUGAAGAGAUGUGCGAACUAGAAGGGGUGAGCCAGACUGAAAUGCUGACCCGAUGGAUAGAUGCUCGAUGGGAAGCGAUGGGAUACAAGGACUCUGAUUUGGAAAGAGAAGAGGUGGCCCAGGAUACUGCUAGUGAAUCAGAGGCUGACAGCUGUAAAGGCGAAGCAUGCCUGGAGAAGGGCCAAGACAAGCCGCACCUUGAAAGCACCGCUUCACAGGAUGCAACAGAAGAAGAUGAAGAGGAGAGCGAGGAAAAUGAGGAGAACUCUCAGACCACGAACGAGCAUCAGUUUUGUAAUGUUUCGUUUGUGGGUUCUCGUGGCUGCACAGGAAGAUGCCAUGCCCGACAUAGACACCUGGAUGCAGCGGUAUGGCAGUGAAGACUUGCGGUAAAGUCUCUGGUGCGAGCGCACGGACACUGGGACGAUGACCUUCCAAGUUGAAGCCAGUGAGGUGUGAACCGGCAGCCAGUUCUGGCUCAUUGGGCCCGACGAAAUUGCAG